AUGUUCCUUGUUGCACCGCUUUUGAACCGCGCCGUUGUGGUAGAGUACCCGGUGAUUGACCAUACAUUCGAUGCGGUAGUCGUGGGUGCUGGUGGCGCUGGACUCCGCGCGGCCUUUGGAUUGGCUGAGCACGGACUGAAGACUGCGUGUAUAUCGAAGCUUUUCCCCACGCGAUCACACACUGUUGCUGCUCAAGGUGGAAUUAAUGCUGCGCUUGGCAACAUGGGCAAAGAUGAUUGGCGCUGGCACUUUUACGAUACCGUAAAGGGUUCUGAUUGGCUGGGUGACCAGGACGCCAUCCACUACAUGACCCGUGAGGCGCCUCAGGCCGUGCGUGAGCUGGAGCAUUAUGGAUGCCCCUUCUCACGUACCGAAAGUGGUCAUAUCUACCAGCGCCCAUUCGGUGGGCAGAGUUUGGAGUACGGCAAGGGAGGACAGGCCCAGCGCUGCUGCGCCGUCGCAGAUCGUACCGGUCACGCCAUCCUGCACACGCUCUACGGUCAAUCUCUGCGUCAUGACACCAACUACUUCAUCGAGUACUUUGCUCUGGAUCUGAUUAUGGAGGACGGGGAGUGCCGCGGUGUCAUUGCGCUGAACAUGGAGGAUGGGUCUAUCCACCGCUUCCGAUCGCAUCACACUGUGUUGGCCACUGGUGGUUAUGGACGGGCGUACUUCUCCUGUACCUCUGCUCACACGUGCACUGGUGACGGUAACGCUAUGGCUGCUCGGGCCGGUAUUCCCCUGCAAGAUCUGGAGUUUGUGCAGUUCCACCCCACGGGUAUCUACGGCGCCGGCUGUCUGAUCACCGAAGGCUCGCGUGGUGAGGGAGGCUACCUGGUCAACUCAGAGGGUGAACGUUUCAUGGAGCGAUACGCCCCCACCGCCAAGGACUUGGCCUCGCGUGAUGUGGUGUCACGUGCCAGUACGGUAGAGAUCCGAGAAGGUAGAGGUGUAGGGCCGGAGAAGGACCACGUGUACCUACAGCUGUCGCAUCUGCCCCCAGAAAUCCUGGCUGAGCGUCUGCCCGGUAUCAGUGAGACGGCCGCUAUCUUUGCGGGUGUGGAUGUGACCAAGGAGCCCAUCCCUGUGCUGCCCACUGUGCACUACAACAUGGGUGGCGUGCCCACGAACUUCAAGGGCCAGGUCAUCGACCACCGCAACGGUCAGGACAAGGUCGUGAAGGGUCUGUGGAGUGCUGGUGAGAACGCUGCCGUGUCUGUGCAUGGAGCCAACCGAUUGGGUGCGAACUCUCUGCUGGAUCUGGUUGUCUUCGGACGUGCGUGCGCCAACUUCAUCGCUGAAGAGCAACAGCCCAACCAGCCCCACAAGGAUUUGCCCGCGAAUGCUGGCGAGGCCUCCAUCGCCAACCUAGACAAGAUGCGAUACGCUAACGGUGACUUGUCAGUCGCGUCUGUGCGCUUGGACAUGCAGAAGAUCAUGCAGAAAGACGCGGCUGUGUUCCGAACCGGCGAGACGCUGAGGGAGGGUGUGGUCAAGAUUGACGGCGCUGUGCACAAGCUGGAUGAUCUGAAGGUCUCUGACCGGGGAAUGAUCUGGAACACCGACCUGGUGGAAGGACUUGAGUUGCAGAAUUUGAUGAUCAACGCACAGCAGACCAUGCACUCUGCCCAGGCCCGCGAGGAGAGUCGUGGCGCCCACUCGCGUGAGGAUUUCCCAGCACGAGAGGAUGAAAUCGAUUACACCAAGCCAGUUGAGGGUCAGAAGCCCAAGCCAAUGAAGGAUCACUGGCGCAAGCACUCUCUGUCAUAUCUUACCGAUGACCACGGUUGCAAACUCGACUAUCGACGGGUAAUUGACACCACUUUGGACGAGAAGGAGGUAGCCUGGGUACCCCCCGUGAUCCGUGUGUAUUAAAUAGAUAUCGAUGUGCAAUAUAGAGAUGUUUGGAAGGUGCUGCGUGUGCGGUAUAGCAGCGGCGACGACGCUUGGUCAUCCAGAGGCUGAUGCCAUUCGUGAGCACAGGCUUAAUUGUGCGUGCAUGCGGACGAUAUGCGGCCCAGAAGUUUGAGUUGCCAGAUAUGGAAUUCGAAAUAAAGAUUUGUGGAGUCUGAUAAGA